GUCCCAGCCUUGGCCGGAGGAGGGUGGCGCGGACCUUUCUACAACAGCUUUCUUAAUUCCUAACGCUACCAAUUUAUUAGGCGAUGGAAGUAGCGGCGAACUGCUCCCUGCGGGUGAAGAGACCUUUGUUGGACCCCCGUUUCGAGGGUUACAAGCUCUCCCUCGAGCCGUUGCCCUGUUAUCAACUGGAGCUUGACGCAGUCCGAGCUAGGCAGUCAGUGCGGCCUUGGCCUUUAGGAGGACCCGUCUGGCGGGGGUGGAUCCAGGGUGCCGGCACCCCCCACCCCCGGGUCCCGCAGACAGCCGCUUUCCCGUGGCCCGUCUGUUCCGGAACUCUGGGCCCGAGCCGGUGUCUGUGGCUCCGGUUCCGCCGCCCAGCACUUGCUGGCGCCGUGGACUUGGGCUGCCCGGUAGCCCCGGCCCCGCCCUUGUUGCGGGCCGAGCUCAGGGCAGUGCAUCUUCCUGCAGCAUCCUCUGUAAAAGUUUCCGCGCCCACAGAUACCUGUCUAAGCAGCUCCAGGAGCCCGGGCUGCUCCGUGGUUAAGCAGUUUCCCCGACAGAGAGUUGGCCAUGUGCGGCCGUCAGCUGCUCUUCAGGAGCACAGUCCUGGCGCUCUGCUCAUGGACAUCCCACCUCGGGAACCUGUGGGACAGGACACUGCUUUAGGAAAACCACGGGAGGUGUUCCGACUCCCUUCAGAUUUGACUGUGUAUGACAAUCGCCUUUGUGCAUCUCUCCAUUUCACGUCUUCCACCUGGGCUACCUUAUCCGAUGGAACUGGAAGACUCUAUCUCGUUUCAACUGGUGAACGUGGAAAUAAUGCUUCUGAAAAGUGGGAGAUUAUGUUUAAUGAAGAACUUGGAAGUCCGUUUAUCAUAAUUCACAGUAUUUCAUUGCUAAAAGAUGAAGAACAUUCAGUUGCUACUCUACUUCUGCGAAUAGAAAAGGAGGAGCUGGAUAUGAAAGGGAGUGGCUUCUAUGUUUCUUUAGAAUGGGUCACUGUCAGUAAGAAAAAUGAAGAUAAUAUAAAUUAUGAAAUAAGUAAACGAGACAUUCUCCGUGGAAAGUCGGUGCCACAUUAUGCUGCUUUUGAACCGGAUGGCAGUGGGCUAAUGGUGGUUUCCUACACGUCGUUCCAUUUCAUUAGCAUUGGUCAGGGUGGCGAAGAAACCGAGGGUGAAAACAAGCCGGAGCAAAUCAAAGAACCGCUGUAUUACUGGCAACAGACUGAAGAGGAUCUGACAGUAACAAUUCGGCUUCCAGAAGACACUGCUAAGGAGGACAUUCAAGUGCAGUUUUUGCCAGAUCACCUCACCAUUGUGUUGAACCGGCAGCUGUUUUUGGAAGGAAAGCUCUAUUCAUCUAUUGAUCAUGAAAGUAGCACCUGGAUAAUAAAAGAAAAUAAUAGCUUGGAUAUUUCCUUGAUGAAGAAGAGUGAAGGCUUGACAUGGCCAGAGCUAAUUGUUGGAGAUAAACAAGGGGAAUUUUUAAGGGACUCAGCCCAAUGUGCGGCCAUAGCUGACCGCUUGAUGCAUCUGACCUCCGAAGAAUUGAAUCCAAAUCCAGACAAAGAAAAGCCUCCCUGUAAUGCGCAGGAGUUGGAAGAAUGUGACGUUUUCUUUGAGGAGAGCUCCAGUUUAUGCAGAUUUGAUGGCAGUACAUUAAAAACUACUCAUGUGGUGAAUCUUGGAAGCAAUCAAUACCUUUUCUCUGUCACAGUGGACCCUAAAGAAAUGCCCUGCUUCUGUUUGCGCCAUGAUGUCGAUGCCCUUCUCUGGCAACCACACUGUAGCAAACAAGACGAGAUGUGGGAACACAUUGCAACUUUCAAUGCUUUAGGCUACGUCCAGGCAUCAAAGAGAGACAAAAAGUUUUUUGCCUGUGCUCCAAACCACUCCUAUGCAGCUCUUUGCGAGUGUCUCCGCCGAGUGUUCAUCUACCGCCAGCCCACGCCCAUGUCCACUGUACUUUACAACAGAAAGGAAGGCAGGAAAGUAGGGCAGGUUGCUAAGCAGCAAGUAGCAAGCCUAGAAACCAAUGACCCUAUUUUAGGCUUUCAAGCAACAAAUGAGAGAUUAUUUGUUCUCACUACCAAAAACCUCUUUGUAAUAAAGAUAAAUACAGAGAAUUAAUAACUUCAGCAUGCUGGCUUCUCUGUACCAAAAACGUUGUCAGUGGUAGCUAGAAGGCUGGUGGUUACACUGCAAACUUUUAAGCUUUGAUGUCUUCAAUGAAAACUUCCUGUAUUUUUUGUUUGUUUGUUUUUAAGACAUUAAAAAUCUAUUCAAGACAUUAUAAUUCUGUAAAAUUAGUAGUAGGCUAUGAAAUGAAGGUGCAGAUUUAGAAAAAAUUGGCUUCUGUAAAAAAUGUAAAAACAAUAUUAAGUGUAAUUUUUUAAAAACAGAAGCUAAAUCUUUUUAUAUGGAAAAUAUAUCAUUCAUUGCCUAAAAAAUAAAAAUAUUUAUUGUG